AUGAUGGAUUCACGUACGCUCAUCGUGACCACUCUUUCUGUUUUCCUCGAAUUACCUCUCAAGGAUGUCAAUGCUAUAGACUUCACAUCCUAUGAAAACUACCUCGAUGACCAAAUAAUCCAAGACGACGAUUGGUGGCAUGGGAUCUCGACCCGUCCAACAUUCGAACUCGCUUUCCACACCGACAUUCGAGAUAUCGUGCAUAUGCUCACGACGCUUCUUUCGGCCAAUGUACCAUGCCGGAGGGCUGACCUCACCGACGCAUUUCUACUCCACCAAGUGCCAUGGACUGCAGAAUUGGCCCAGCCUUUCAAAGAGAGUUAUGCGAGCUGGUUAGAUAAGCUGGUGGACAUGGCCCUCACAUUGCUGCUCUCUUUUCCUGUUGGUUCCAGGGUUUCCACCUCCAAAUCCUUGACUAUGGAUCUAGCGCUUUGGGACGAGAAUACGACCUUCCAAACGUUCAUCGAGAGCCAGUUUCCCGAACCGACAGGGCGUGCUGGUGAUGCAGAGGAGACCCUACAGACCUCCAUUCUGACAGGUGUGGCACUCGUGCGGAAUUCUGGGAUCAAGGUGGAAUGGACGCAUGAUUUUCGUCACCAUCUCAGGUUCGAUGCCAGACAUCAUAUUCUGAGUAUCUUUGUCUUGAGAGAAUACAUAACCAGAUUAGGCGAAAGAAUCACCCAGUUCUUCCAAAGAGAUUGGUAG